AUCGGCCGCGGGGAGGGGCGGGACUUCCUGCGCGGGGGCCCCCAGCGGCUCGGUCGCCCGGCUCCGUGGUCCCCGGCUCGGCGGCGGCGGCGGUGGCGUCUCCUCCGUGGGGAGGCGCGCGGGGCCAUGACGUCAGCGUCCACCAAGGUCGGAGAGAUCUUCUCGGCGGCGGGCGCCGCCUUCACGAAGCUCGGGGAGCUGACGAUGCAGCUGCAUCCCGUGGCCGACUCUUCCCCCGCGGGUGCCAAGUGGACGGAGACGGAGAUAGAGAUGCUGAGGGCUGCCGUGAAGCGGUUUGGGGACGAUCUUAAUCACAUCAGCUGUGUCAUCAAGGAACGGACAGUGGCCCAAAUAAAGGCCACCGUGAAGCGCAAGGUUUACGAAGACUCCGGCAUCCCUCUUCCAGCUGAGUCACCCAAGAAAGGACCCAAGAAGGUGCCCUCCGGUGUCCUGUCACCUCCUCCAGCUGCCCCUCUGCCAAGCGGCUCCAGUGUCCCUGAGGCCGGGGGGCCCCCCGUAAAGAAACAGAAGGCCGAUGUGACACUCAGUGCUCUGAAUGACUCGGAUGCCAACAGCGACCUGGUGGAUAUUGAAGGGCUAGGAGAAACUCCUCCAGCCAAGAAACUCAACUUCGACCAGGACAGCCUGACCCUGGAUUCUGGCCUUCUCAUGACCUCUGCUGACCCUCCUUUACUCUCUCGCUGAGCCUCCCACCUCUGACCCCUCUCACUGUUCCCCCUGGACCUGUGGAUCGCCCGGGACUCUGAGCAAGCCUGCACGAGAGGGACAGUCACAAGGCUGCUGGGGCCACACCGGCCACGCCGUUCCUGUACGCGCAUCUGCCCCCAAACCCCUCUGACCUCCACCUGAUGGACUUUUUUAUACAGAAAACAAUAAAGAUUGCCCUCUCCAC